UGUUCCUUUAAAAUUAAAUUUGUAAAUAAGUUUUAUUAGGUUAAUACUUGUAACUAGAUAUAUCUUAUCAUGUCCGAAGAAGUCAAGUUAGAUCACCGAGCAAAGAAACGUAUCAAAGAAGUUAAACGAAAAGCAAGACCAGAACUUGGCGACAAAACUGCCUGGUCUCAACAUGGUUAUCACAAAAGAUUUGCGUCUUUUUGGGAUUUUGUCGACAAUGUUGACCGUAUCGAUCAAAAUUCUGUAACUCCAGCGGAAUUUAUCGAAAAGUAUGAAAAGCCUUACAAACCUGUAGUGAUAAAGGGUACCCAAAAUGACUGGAAAGCCCAGCAUAAAUGGACUGUCGAGAGACUUGCAAAAAAAUAUCGGAAUCAAAAGUUCAAAUGUGGCGAGGACAAUGAAGGGUACAGCGUGAAAAUGAAAAUGAAGUACUAUGUGCAGUAUAUGCUAAAUAACGACGAUGAUUCCCCACUGUACAUCUUUGAUAGUUCGUUUGGUGAAAAUCCACGUCGUAAAAAAUUACUGGAAGAUUAUUCAAUUCCACUUUAUUUUCGCGAUGACCUGUUCCAACAUGCCGGUGAGCAUCGAAGACCACCUUAUCGGUGGUUUGUUAUGGGACCUGCAAGAUCAGGUACAGGAAUCCAUAUAGAUCCAUUGGGAACGAGUGCCUGGAAUGCCUUGAUCUCUGGGCACAAGCGAUGGUGCCUAUUUCCCACUCACACUCCGCGUGAAAUCCUUAAAGUUAGCGCAAUGGAAGGUGGAAAACAGAGAGAUGAGGCCGUUACUUGGUUUUCCGCUAUUUACCCACGUACCAAGCUGCCUUCUUGGCCAAAAGACUGCCAACCGACUGAAAUAUUACAAGGCCCAGGAGAAACUGUAUUCGUUCCAGGUGGUUGGUGGCAUGUUGUUUUGAAUCUUGAUAACACAAUAGCAGUGACGCAGAACUUUUGUUCACAGACAAACUUUCCUGUUGUGUGGCACAAAACGGUAAGGGGAAGGCCGAAACUUUCUCGUAAGUGGCACAGAGUUCUUCGAGAAAAAGUGCCUGAGUUGGGUACUUUAGCUGACACUAUCGACGUCAAAGAAGACACUGGAGUUGCAAGUGAUUCGUCAAGUGGAUCUUCAAGUAGUUCUUCUAGCAGCAGUAGCAGUAGUCAAUCAGAAGACAGUGCGGAUGACAGCGGACAAGAAUCGCUUACCGCGCACAAGAAAAAGAAGCGAAGAAAAUUGAACAGCUGCCAACCCUGACAAUACCGUAUACGUGGGACCUUCAGAGACCUCAGACUGUACAGUAUUAUGCAGCAAUUAUUAUUUCUACCGAGAGUAAAUAUUGUUAUUAUGAUUAUAGCAUCUCUAUUCGUAAUAAAAUAAAUGCUAGAUAAUACCAAAA